GUAGCUUGUGUUCCCCACCCUCUGACGGGAAGACUGGAUUGUAGGCUGAGGGGCCAUCACAGCCUCUCCCACAUGGCAUUUACUGCCACAGCUCCAAGGCACCUGCUCCAGGCCCUGAGCAGCUUAAAGCUCCCGGCGAUCCACAGAAGCCCACAUCCUGGCAGAGCUAGACUUCACACUGAGCAGCUGCAGUCGGAGAAACCAGAGAAAGCGCCACCCAGCCCCAGAUUCCAAGAGGCCUGCUGGGGACUCCCUUCUCUUCCUCCUCCUUCUUCUGAGACCCCAAAGCCACUGUUUCACACCAGCUCCUGAGCUGCAAUGGGACUGGCAGCCACCGCCCCCUGGCUGUCCUCCGCCCUGCCUAGCAGAUAGGGCGGUAGCUGCCCCAGGAGUACCUGCCCCCUCUCAGCCUGGGCCAGCCCUUCCUGACUUGGUGGCCACCUUUGCUGACCCGAGGCCAUGUAGGUCCUAGCUCAGGCCUCUGGACACACUGCUGGGGACAGUGCCUCUGCUCUCAGGGGGCACCCAGUGCACCACCAUGCUCUGGGGACUCGCCUGGUUAUACUGUCUUGAGAUCCUACUUGGCAUGGCUUUGGGGAACGAGAAUUUGGAGAUGUGGACUCUGACCCAAGACAAGGAGUGUGACCUUACAGGCUACCUUCGGGUCAAGCUGCAGUACAAGAACCGGCUUCAGUACAUGAAACAUUACUUCCCCAUCAACUACAAGAUCGCUGUGCCUUAUGAGGGGGUACUCAGAGUCGCCAACAUCACGAGGCUGCAGAAGGCCCGUGUGAGCGAGCGGGAGCUGCGGUAUCUGUGGGUCUUGGUGAGUCUCAACGCCACGGAGUCCGUGUUGGAUGUGCUGCUCCAGGGCCACCCAUCCCGGCAGUACCUGCGGGAGGUUCAGACAUUGCUGGAGAAUGUUCAGCAGAGCCUCAUGGAUGUGGAGAUCGGCCCUCAGGUGGAAGCCGUGUUAUCUCUUCUAAGUACACCAGGCCUAAGCCUGAAGCUGGUGCGGCCCAAAGCCUUGCUGGACAACUGCUUCCGGGUCAUGGAGCUGCUGUACUGCUCUUGCUGUAAACAAAGUCCCAUCCUGAAAUGGCAGGACUGUGAGCUGCCAAGUCUCCAUCCCCACAGUCCGGGGUCCUUGAUGCAAUGUGCAGCCGCCAACGUGUACCCUCUGCCUCGGCAGCCCCCCACCUCCCUGCCCACUUCCCCAGGCUCCAGCCAUGAUCCGUUACCCUGAGUGGUCUGCGUGUUGACCCUAGGUCGGGCCACUGAAUGUUUUCCAGGAACUGGCCUGGGUCCGACCUUCCGGGAUGGUGGGUAGGUAGACCUGCAGGAAAGGCCUCCUGAGAAAGGUGUGGUGCCUUCUUUUCCACCGCCGGGCUCAGCACCCUGCCUUUUGUACCCAUGUGACACCACCUGGAGCCGCAGGGGAGAGGUGUGGAGGGAAGGCUGGUGGCUGCCCCCACAGCCCCCCUACCUGUGGCUGGUUCUGAGAUCUACCAAUGCUGUUGCCCCACAGGUGGGAGGAUGGAGGCGGGGUGUCACAUAUUAUUCUGGGACUCGCUGGGGCUUCCCAGUUGUGCUGAAUGUGGGGUGCUGAGCUGAGGACUGACCAAGUGCCGUAUCUUGCCACAGCAAUGCUCUUCUGGUUCCCUUUUCUAUUAAAUGGCCACUUGUUCGGUUUGGCUUGCAUCUGUCAAGGUGACCCGGAGGGACCGAGUUCUGGAGAUGGGAGGGUGGGCAUGGUUCUGCCUGGGGCUGAGCCUGGGUGUCUGGAGCUGCAGUGGGCACAGCCUUGCCCAGGGCCAUUGAGUGUUCAGCUCUUCCAGCUCCUGAAGUGUGAGCAGGCCCGAGUGAUGUCUGCUGGGGUGCCUCUUGGAAGGGCCAUGCUUAUUCCCUCCCUCUGGGGCCCCCCUCCCCCAGUCUCCCGGGGAGCACUUCAAAGACCGACUCAGGUCUCUGCCCAAGUCCUCCCCUUCUCCUUCACUUGUAUCAGAAAAACCUGGCUUGCAGCCCCAGGUCAGGGAUGACAAAGGCCAGGGUGCAGGGUAGGAAGCAGAGCAGAGAAGCAACAGCAGCCCAGGGAAGCCAGGCGGGGACCGGGGUGUUAACUACAGUACCACUUUAUUAAUACUGGAAUCUUCACAGUGCACUUGUUACUUGUAGCAGUGACUAUUUAAAUCAAGGAGAGGAUGGACAAGGGGGUGGGUAGGAGAAUUUAUCCAAAACUUGACAGAAAGAAAAGAAAAAAAGUGGUUCUGAUGGGCUGAGAGGAUGGGAGGGUGAGGGGGGAGGGUGAGUCGGAACCAGGAGGGGUGGCAAAAUAAAUUAAAAGAAAGGAACACGUUAACAGCACCAGAAAAGUUACUUCAGUCAAAAGACACGUUUGAAAAGAAUAUUCUGCUGUACAAAAUGAAAAAUAAAAUGUAUGUGAAGAAGCCCCAAACCAAAGUCUGUGAUGCAGGAUGGUUGGCUCGGAUCCCGAGGGUGGGCCUAGGUGAGAGGUGGGUA